AUGCCUACAGGAUCAUGUCUAUGUCAGACCCUCAAGUAUGAUUAUACCUCAGAGCCUAUAAUGAAGGCAACAUGCCACUGUCUAUCCUGUCGAAAGAUUAGCGGUGGAACACACACAUUGAAUUUAUUGAUUCCAGAGGACAAAUUCCGUGUCACGGAUGGCCCUGCCACGCAAUAUACCCAGAUGCACGAAAGUGGCAUGAAAUUGACAAUCAACUUCUGCAGCAAAUGUGGCUGUGCUAUCUAUAAGACGCAUGAGAAGUUCCCAGGGAUGGUUGUUAUCCUGGCAGGAACGCUCGAUGGGCCCGAUCCACUUGAACAAUCUAAGCCACAGGCAGAGUUGUAUUCUCAACAUCGUGUUGGAUGGCUACCAACUUUUGGUUGGGCGGAAGAGAGAGUGGAGUUUUAA